AUGAGUGAUAUUACAACUAGUGAAAAGACGUUACCAAAUCCUCCGUCGAAUCAAACAAUUCAUCGAGAAAGUUCGAGUCAACUUUCUGAAUCAACUUCAACAUCAUCAGUAGCUCGUACCUUAGAUACUAAUAAUACUGAAUUAACAUCUCCAAGUAAAUCAAUACGAAAUUUCUUUAAGAGUAGAUUAUCUAGUUAUUCAAUUGAAAGUAUUAGUGAAGAACCAGAAAAAACUACUUUAAGUCCAACCAAGGAUGAUGAACAAUUCUUAGGUACUUCUAAUGCUACUAUAUCUUCUCCAACUGGUAACAAAAUAUCUAAUUUAUUAACAAAACCAAUCUUUUCAAGAUCCAAAUCAUCAAAUACUUCUGUACCUCAAACUCAAAAUUAUCAAACUAAUGCAUCAUCUUCAUUUGUUCAGUUAAAUCUGUCACAAGGAAGUUUACCAAAACAGAAACCUGUAACUAUUGAUGAUUUUGCUGAUACUGAAUCAUCAAGUGAAGGAGAAACAAAUCAUACUUAUGAUGAAGAAUCAGUUAAUUCCCUUUUAUUGGAAUAUGAAAGACCAAGGACUUUUGUUUAUACUGAAUUGGAUGAUGAAGGUCAAGCAGAUACUUCACCAGUCAAAUCAGAAAUUAAGAAAGAUAUCAAUACUUCACAAGUUUCUGGUGAUCAUUCAUUGACUAGUCAAUAUGGACUGCCUUCCAUAGAAAAAGUUGAUAGAGCAGUACGUGUUACUACUCCACCAGUUAUUAGAGAAUCUCCACUUCGAUUUAAUAAUCGUAAUGAACCAUUAAGUGCUCCUGCUAGAAAUAGUCAAGGUUCAGAUAUAUUUGGUAAUAGAUUAUCUGAUUCUGAUACUGAUAAGUAUCCAGAACCUAAUUUGUCUAAUAUGGCAACACCAUUAAAUACUCCUCAAAUUAAGCAUAUUAUUCAAAAUCCUAGAAAUAGUGGUGGAGAUGAUUCAAUUUAUGGUUCAUCACAUCGUUUAGCUGAAAUCAUGGAUACUGAACAAGAAGAAACAGCUUUAAGGAAUAGUAGUGGAAGUAGACUUGGAGAUAGUGCUAGAAAUCUGAUUAAUACCAAUGAGACAAUGCUCAAACGCAAUACUAUAAGAUCUUCAAUGUCAUCAGGAGAAUUAUUACAUAAGUUACAAAAUUUUGAUGAUCAUGAAAGACCUCAAGCUUCUUCAACAUUAAGAUUUAGUCAAAAUACUGAUGAUUUAGAUGAUCUUCAUAAUAAAAAUUUUGGAAAUUUAACUGCUGGUAUUGAUUCUACUAAUUCAUUACCUUUUAUGUUAUACAAAGUUCAAGAUAAGGAUUAUGAUGAAAGUAAUCAAAGAUGGUCUGUAUAUGAAAGUAAUCGUGUUUCACAAAUGAAAGAAGAAUCAUCUAAGCAAGGUGAACAAAUUGAUACCCCUAUAGCUCCAUUGGCUGAACCACCAGCAAUUCAACCACCUUCAGUACCAGAUCAUGAAGAUCUUAGACAAGGAAGUAUCAGUAGUAGUGCAUCAAAUUUAGAUAGAUAUGAAGAAGCCAAUGAAUAUUUUAAUGAAUCUCAAACUUCAUUACAACCUCCUAAUGCAAAAUUUAUUGGUAUAAUUCCUACUAAAUCUUCAUCUUCCUCAUCUCAAGUUUAUCAUACUGCCAGUGGUCAUGAUACUACAUCAUCCAAUCUUUAUCAUACAGUCACUGAAGGUACUAUAUCUUCAGCAGCUUCAGUAUCAACAUUCCGUCAAGUUCUUCCAGUUUCUGGACCAGAACAUGAACAAGUAACUCCAGUUCAACAUCAUCCAGUCGAGUCUCCAAUUCCAACUCAUAUAAAUUCACAAGUAUUUGAAGUUGAUCCUACUUCACAACAUACUCACAGUGUAUCACCACCCGUUCUUGGUCAACAAAUUAUAUCGACUCAAGCGUACAAUCAAAGUGAAAAGACUAGUGAUCAUGAAUUAAAUACUCCAAUCACAACUAAUCCAUCUAUAGUUCCAUCUGGACCAGUAUUUCCACAACCUGCUCCUGCAGCUAGAGUAAUAACUCCUAUGAAUCAAACACAUUCAGAACAAGAUAUGUAUGAAGUAAAUCCAGAUUCACUUGUUUUAAGUAAACCACCACCACAUUUGGUUAUACCUAAUCCUACUGAUUAUCAAGGUAAAGGAACAGUUAGGCAUGAAGAUGAUUAUUAUUUAAGAGAUGUUGAAAGACAAAUAAUGAAUUUAAACACUCAAGGACAAAAUUCUCCUUAUGCAUCCAAACUUCGAAAUCAUUAUUCAUGGAGUAGAUUUAUUGCAAUGAUGGUUAUAGGAUUACUUGCCCCUCCAAUUUACUUUUUACUUGCCAUUGGAGUAUUUGAUGCUGAUAAUAAUUAUCAACAAUAUUAUUCAGGUAUGCAUUAUUAUAAUAAUCAUGCUGUUCAUAGUGAGAGUAAAUCAUCAUCAACAAUUUCUAAUCCUAAUAAAUUCUCCAAGACUCAAAAGACAAUCAGUUUAGUUGUUGGAGUUUCAUGGACUAUUAUAAUCUUAGCUAUGAUAGGAGUAGGAUUAGGUGUCGGAUUAACCCGAUAA